CCCACCACUAUCGAUAAAGCUCGUCACGCUUGCUGUUGAGGGGCAACGAUCCUGCAACCUUCACUUCUUCAUCCUAUCUUAUCUGAUUGAUCAGAUUCACAUCAGCACGCCGACGACCUCACGUGCAAGCCUGAUCGAAUGCCAAAAUGGCACAUACAGGCACUGCACACAAGUACUCGGAAAAGCUCAUUGCGUUUGAACAUGCAGGUACACACUCUACGCAAGGCGAGCAAGCGCCGCAUACGCUGUUGUGGAUUGGAGGGCUCGGGGAUGGGCUGUUGACCGUGCAGUACCCAUGCACUAUUGCCUCGACCCUGACACCAGACUGGGCAAUCGCAGAAGUCCUCCUGUCAUCAUCAUAUCGCGGCUGGGGCACCUCGUCUCUGCAAAAAGACGUCCACGAAAUCGCGCAAUGCGUCUCGUACUUCGCCUCCGCGCGCCCCGGCAAGAAAAUCGUGCUCAUGGGCCACUCCACGGGCUGUCAAGACGUGAUGGAGUAUCUGGUCGGCAAGGGCCACUCCACGCGCCCUCCCAUCAAUGGCGCCAUCCUGCAAGCUGGCGUCAGCGACCGCGAAGCCUGGGACUUCCUGCUCGAGUCCCCAGCCGAGAAGGAGUCUUGCGCCGCGGUCCUCGCGGAGGCCCAGCGCCUGAUCUCCCUGGGCAAGGAGAAGGAAAUCGUCUUCCGCGAGGACAACAUCGUGCAGAAGGAACUCGGCGCCGCUAUCUCGGCGUACCGCACUAACUCGCUGCUAGCCAAAGGCGGUGAUGACGACUACUUUUCCACGGAUCUUGAUGACGAGACGCUGAGGGAGUCGUUUGGCAGCUUGCCGAGCGGGGUGCCGCUUAUGUUUCUGCUUGGCAGUGAAGACCCGUUCGUGAACAAGAGCACGGAUAAGGUGCGAUUGUUGGAGCGUUGGGCUGGGUUUGUGCGGCAAGGUGGGGGAACUGUGGACGAGGUUCAUGGAGGGAUCGUCGAAGGCGGUCAUCAUAACCUCGACGGCGACCCAGAAGAGGUUGUUAGUGAUUUGGUGCAGCGGGUAGUGGGCUUCUUGGAAGGGCUGGGGCAGAGCGAGGGGUCCAGACUCUGACUGGAUAGUGUUGGAUGGUCGAAGGCGAUGAAGAGGCUUGUGCCAAUUGUACUGGUGUGAAGGGGCAACACACUGGCUUGCUCGACCAACGCAUGGCAAGAUCAGUGCUACACAGUCGAUGCACGAAGUCACAUAUUGAACCAUCAAUGAAGUGCGAAAGAGUUAAC